GCUCAGCUGUUUGCAGCACUGAUCGCUCGGACUGCGAAGGACAUCGAUGUCCUCAUCGAUUCUCUGCCCAGUGAAGAAUCCACAGCAGCUCUGCAGACUGCUAGUCUGUAUCGACUGGAAGAAGAAAACCACGAGGCAGCUGCCCGGCUGGAGGAGGUGGUGUACCGCGGGGAUAUGCUGCUGGAGAAGAUCCAGAGUGCCCUGGCCGAUAUCGCCCAGUCACGCCCGCAGCCCCAGCCAAGCCCUGCCCGACUCCUAGCGCCAGAGGGCACCGCGGCCCUGCCAGGGCGCUGGGAGCAGCGCUGG